AAACAACUUUCUAAAAAGUUUUUAUGUUAACAAAUGGAUUCUUCACCUCCAUUAAGAGAAAAAAAAGAUUCGUUUCAUGACCUUCCGAUAGUUUUUCAGUGUGAAAACUGUCGCACUAUCAUUGGAGAUUCAUUUGCUUCUGUCUCAUCAAACAGCACUCUAAAAAUGGUGACGCUUGACAGAGUGACAAAGAAAGUUCGAAUACGAGAUAAACUUGUUUCCUCUUCACAUACAACAGAUCUUGGAAGCUCUUAUAACCCCUUAGCAUGUGAAACAUGUAAUUCUGAUUUAGGAAGAAUCUACAGAACAACGACAAUUCAUUUAGAUGAAUUAAGAGAUAAAUUUAGUUUAUAUGUUGAUAGGCUUAGUUGCUAUCAGAUUGGUAGUGAAGAACAAAAGGCAUCACUAAGUUCAGCAGCCAUACCUUCAGUACAUUAUCUUCAACAACAAAUUAUCAAAUUGCAGGCUGUGUCAGUGUCUUUAAAUGGAAGAUUAAUGGAAAUAGAGGAUCGGCUUAAAGAAGAUUCAAGUUGAAAUGAAAGUGUAAUGGUGGUCAAUGGGAUAAGGAUAAAAAACUAAUUUUUAGGAUGAUACACGGUCUUGGAGGCUUAAACUGUGUAUUUUUCUAUAUACCUGUAUAAUAAUAUAUAAAUAACAUUCGGAUUAGAGGUCUGACAAAAAUUAAAUAUUGUUAAAAAAUGGCUUUUUCCAUUAAAUUUGAUUGUUGGUGUUCAUAAACUCAAAUCCGCUUGGUGAAGCUGAAUUGAGACUCCAUGCUUGUUUACAUCACUAAAAGACUUAAAGCUUAAUUUGAAUUGAGCAAUCUCUUUUUCAUAUUUUGAUAUUAUUAGGUAAAUCUAUUUGGAAGUAGAUAUGGAAAGUUAAAGUAUAUUAUGGAUAAAUGAAACACUGUGUAUGCAUGAAACUAUGUGUAUUAUAGAAGAUGAACAACUACAAUUGAUAUCCUUUGGAUGUUUCUGACACUACAGUGAAUGAAAUGCAUUUGUUAAUAUUUAUAUGAUAUAGCUGAUAUUAUACAUAGCAAAAAUAUACAUAUUCUAAAGG